ACAGUCCUAAGCAGUAUUCUGAUUGGAUAGGCCAGAACAUAGAAGUUUUCUCCAAGGAUGACCUGUAGUUUGAAGUAGUUGUAAUUUUUCUUACUUAAUUGAAAUUAUUAAAGGUGUUGCUAGAAGGGUUGUAGUUAUCCUCUGAACUUUUUCAACCUUUAAAUGUUCUUCUUUUGACGGGGGAACAUGCUGACUUCCAUGCUGAGGUGGUCAGGCUGUCAAAUGUCUCCAGUAACAGCCUCAGUACAGAUGCAAAAGGUGUAGAGGUUAAGUUCCCCUCCAGACAUGUUUUAAAGUAUGUUAAAAUACUCUAUGAUUAAUAUUUUGUUUAACAUGGUUAUCCCACAUAAAAAGUUUUUUUUAAAAAACUCUGAAAAGGGGCUGAAAGCACAUCUACUCUUUCUCCCUCAUUGAGAAAUUCUGGAUCUAUGAAGGCCCGCCCACCAUCGCUGUGUGUUAGGUUGACUGGUGCUGGUGACAGUGUGGAUAUGGCACAUUGUGCGGCCUGACUAUGUAGACACUAGUCUGGUCCCAGAAUGGCCAGACUACAUAGAGAUCAAAGACCAAGAGCAGAUCGAAGGCCUUGCCAGAGCAUGUCAGCUAGCCAGACAUGUACUGCUGCUAGCUGGACGCAAUCUGAGGGUGGGUAUGACAACAGAUGAAAUAGACUUCAUCGUGCACCAGGAGACAAUCAAUCAUAACGCCUACCCAUCGCCUCUCAGAUACGGAGGUUUCCCCAAGUCAGUCUGUACAUCUGUGAACAACGUGGUCUGUCAUGGGAUACCUGACAGUCGGCAACUUCAAGAUGGAGAUAUCAUCAACAUUGAUGUCACUGUGUAUUUGGAUGGUUACCAUGGUGACACCUCAGAAACCUUCUUUAUUGGCGAGGUGGAUGAGGCUGGCCGACAAUUGGUGGAAACUGCCAGGCGUUGCCGAGAUGAGGCUAUUGCUGCCUGCAAGCCAGGUGCACAGCUCUGUGUUAUAGGGAACACUAUCAGUGAAAUAGCCCAUGCCAAUGGCUUCCAAGUGUGUCCUUAUUUCAUUGGACAUGGAAUAGGCUCCUACUUUCAUUGCUAUCCUGAGAUCUGGCACCAUGCUAAUGACAAUGACAUGACCAUGGAUGAAGGGAUGGCUUUCACAAUAGAGCCCAUACUGAUGGAGGGGUCUGCAGAGUUCAGAAUCCUGAAGGACAAGUGGACAGCAGUGUCUGCAGAUGAUAAAAGGUCGGCGCAGUUUGAACACACAGUGGUUAUCACAUCUGACGGCGUGGAUAUUCUCACCAAACUGCCAGAAGAGGGGAUUCUGACCUGAAGGCAUCUAACUGCUGACUCCUACAUCGACUGUUAGAAAUCUCUUCACGUCAAACAGAAUCUAAACUAUUUUGUGAUAACAAAACACUGUUUCAAGUACUUGAAUGAUGAUUCACCUAGACAUGUUUUAAACAAGUGUCUACCUCUAAAGUGUUUCAAAAGAAAUUAAAUACAUUUUCUUAUUUUACUUUUUAUUAUUUAGCAAGGAUUACACCCACAGUAUCUAUAUAUUCAUUUUGACUAAGGUGUUUUUUUCACCCUUGACUGGAGCAUGUACAUAAGAAAAGUGGCUGCCGGUGCAUCUUAUAACUGAAGUUGAGAUUUAUGCAUGUAACAGUUAAAUUGGAGCACGGCCUUGGCCAGGAUUUUAGACUUGCCACCAACCAAACAUUGUACUAUUUGUUCUGUAAUAUUUAUCUCACUUCGUCAUUGUCUAAAUGUUGUUUCAAAGCCUUCUCCACACUGCAAAGUAUGAAAUGUGUUAUAGAAAAAGAAAUCCUUUUUAUUUUCAUUUAUUUGGUUUUACAAGAUGACAGAGGACAUGUCCUCAGUAGUAGCUACAGCCCUGAAUCCGAGCUCAGCGGGAGUUAUGUUCAUGUGGUCAAGACAUUUUGUGCACCCUUCUGAAUCACGAAAUACAAACUGCGUAUUAGAUAUGGUGUCGGUUAGGUCAGUGAAAAUCUGUCUCUUGGUAAGUGACUUACUGUACAGCCAAUAGAUGGCAGCACACACUGUAAUAAAUGGUACUUAGAGCAUGUUGUAGCCAGCACAGACAGAAAAACUCCCAAGGCCUGAGGAUAACUUGUUAAUCAACUACCCAACAUGACAAGAGUUUUUCAUUGUAUCACCAGACUUAGUUUCCUAAGUAUGACUGAUUGAUUGAAUGUGCAUAUUUUUUCUUCAACACAAACUAGAGGACAAAAAUGCUGCCUUGGGGUUGUAAAUUCCAGGCAUAGCAACAUCCUUUUGUUCUACUUUCCAAUCCCUAUCUACUAACUAUAUCUUUUGUCUACAGGUGGAUUUAAUAAAGAAAAGAACAUGA